UCAAAAAAGUGAAUCUGAAAAACCAAAAAGGUUCCGUUGCCGGGAAUCGAACCCGGGUCUCCUGGGUGAAAGCCAGAUAUCCUAACCGCUGGACGACAACGGACUUUAUUGCAAUUGAUGAUGAAAAAAUAUAUUUGUUGUUUUCAAAUUUCAGGAACCCCAACGUUCCGUUGUUGAUAUUCAACACUUUCUUCAAAUUCAUCGUCAAUUCAACACCGUUUCUUCGAAUUCCAUGCACCAGAAUGGCUAUGUCAAUCCAACACUUUUUGUUUAACCCCCCUUUAACCUUAUCGGGACAUUCGAUUUUGAAGAAAACCCAAAAACCUCUUCAAAUCUCCAAAGUCUCCCAAAAAUCCGCUAAAGCCCCUUCUUUGAAAGAGAUUUGCCGGCAAGGAAGUCUUAAAGAAGUGUUUCUAUCACUCAGUAGUUCCUUCACUUCACAAAACCCACCUCAGUUUUGCUUAGAUGAAGCUUAUUCUUUGGUCCUCGAACUCUGCGCAAGCAAGAAAUGUUUAUCACAAGGCCAACAAAUACAUACCCAUAUCGUAAAAUCGAAUGCUUUAGAUGAUUCGGUCUUUUUGAACACUAAGCUCGUGUUUAUGUAUGGGAAAUGUGGUUCUCUUUUGAAUGCUGAAAAGGUGUUUGAUAGAAUGUGUGAAAGAAAUGUUUUUACAUGGAAUGCCAUGAUUGGUGCUUUUGUCGCAAAUGGGGAACCUUUUGGAGCACUUGAAUUGUUUAGAUUAAUGCGGGUUUCUGGAGUUCCUCUCGAUGCUCGUACUUUUCCUAGUGUACUUAAAGCGUGUGGGGAACUUAAUAAUCUCUGCUUGGGGACUGAAAUCCAUGGUCUAGCAAUCAGAUUGGGCUUUGUUUGUAAUGUAUUUGUUGUGAAUUCACUUGUGGGUAUGUAUGUAAAGUGCGAUGCGCUCAAUAUGGCAAUGAUGUUGUUUGACAGAAUGAAUGAAAGAGAAGACGUUGUGUCGUGGAACUCAAUAAUUUCAGCUUAUUCUGCCAAUGGGCAGCCCAUGGAAGCCUUGAGGCUGUUCAGAGAAAUGCUUAAAGCUGGUCUCAGCCCAAGCACGUAUAGUUUUGUCGCUGCACUUCAAGCCUGUGAUGGCACAUCACUUGGAAAACUUGGCAUGGAGAUCCAUGCUACUAUUUUGAAAUCCAAUCACCAUCUUGAUGUUUAUGUGGCCAAUGCUUUGCUUGUCAUGUAUACAAGAUGUGGUAAAGUUGGUGAAGCCCUAAGAAUUUUUGAUGACAUGGAUGAGAGGGAUAAUAUAUCAUGGAAUUCAAUGCUUUCAGCUUUUGUCCAAAAUGGUCUUUAUAAUGAAGCUCUGAACUUCUUUCAUGACAUGAAGGACGGGGGUCAAAAACCUGACCAGGGUUCAGUUGUAAGUCUGGUUGCUGCCUCUGCUAGAUUGGGAAAUCUGUUGUAUGGGAUGGAAAUUCAUGCUUAUGCUAUAAAAAGUGGAUUAGAUUCUGAUUUACAGGUUGGAAACACGCUCGUAGAUUUGUACAGGAAGUGUUGUAGGAUGAAUUAUAUGGAUUAUGUUUUUCAUAGGAUACUCAAUAAAGACUCCAUUUCUUGGACAACGGUCAUUGCUGGGCAUGCUCAGAAUAAUUGUCCUUUGAGGGCCCUAGAGUUGUUCCGGGAAGCACAAAUGGAAAGAAUGGGGGUCGAUGCAAUGAUGAUUGGAAGCAUCCUGCGGGCUUCUAGUGAGUUGAAGAGCAUAUCCCUUGUAAAAGAAAUUCACGGUUACAUUGUGAGAAGAGGAUUAUCCGAUCUUGUGCUACACAACACAUUUGUGGAUGUUUAUGGAGGGUGUGGAAACGUAGAUUAUGCGUCUCAUGUUUUUAAUUCUAUUCAAGUUAAAAAUAUUGUGUCAUGGACAAGCAUGAUAACUUGUUAUGUUCAUAAUGGGCUUGCAAACGAGGCUCUUGACCUUUUCCUUUCUGUAAAUGAAACAGGCAUUGAACCUGACUUUAUAGCACUGAUGAGUGUUCUCUCUGCUGCUGCAAGUUUAUCUGCCUUAAGGAAAGGAAAAGAGAUUCACGGGUUCUUAGUUAGGAAGGGCUUCAUUCUAGAGGGUUCAAUAGCAAGCUCUCUUGUGGAUAUGUAUGCUCACUGUGGGACAUUAGAGAACUCAUUUAAUGUAUUUAAUUGUACAAGAGAUAAAGAUUUAGUUCUAUGGACUAGUAUGAUCAAUGCAUAUGGGAUGCACGGUAGUGGAAAGGCAUCUAUAGAUUUGUUUAAACAGAUGGAAAACAAAAAUCUAGUUCCUGAUCAUGUUACCUUCUUGGCACUUCUUUAUGCAUGUAGUCAUUCAGGACUGGUUGAUGAAGGUAGAAGAUUUUUUGAAGCAAUGAAAAGUGAAUAUCAGUUGGAGCCAUGGCCAGAACACUACACCUGUCUGGUUGAUCUUCUUGGCCGUGCAAAUCACUUAGAAGAGGCAUUCCGGUUUGUGACAAGCAUGAAAAUGAAACCUGCUACUGCAAUGUGGUGUGCUCUUCUAGGUGCUUGUCGGGUUCACUCCAAUAAAAAAUUGGGAAAAAUUGCAGCACUGAAGCUUCUAGAAUUGGAUCCAGAGAAUCCGGCAAAUUAUGUACUCGUGUCAAAUGUUUUUGCUGCAAUGGGUAGAUGGGAAGAUGUGGAAGAAGUGAGAAUGAGGAUGAAGGGGAAGCGGUUGAAGAAAGAUCCUGCGUGUAGUUGGAUUGAGAUUGGUAAUAAGGUUCACACAUUUAUUGCAACAGACAGAUCUCAUCCACAAUCUGAUGAGAUUUACCAAGAAUUGACACGAAUUACUGGGAGAUUGGAGAGGGAAGGAGGGUAUGUGCCUCAAACCAAGUUUGUUUUGCACAAUGUAGAAGAAGAAGAGAAAGUGAAGAUGCUUCAUGGGCACAGUGAGAGGUUGGCAAUUGCAUAUGGCCUGCUUACUACGCGUGAGGGUACCCCAAUUCGAAUCACUAAGAACUUGCGAGUUUGUGGGGAUUGCCAUAGUUUCAGUAAGCUAGUUUCCAAGUUUGUUGGAAGAGAGAUUAUUGUGAGGGAUGCCAACAGAUUCCAUCAUUUUGAGGGUGGGGUUUGCUCUUGUGGAGAUUUCUGGUGAUAUUUUGAAACCACAUUGAAUCUUACAGAAUUUGAUGCCGAUGACUGCUGUAACUACUUUUUGCAUAUGAAAGAGCUACUGUUGCAUGAUGUUCAAGUUGCCAGAACUCCAUUUCUAAUCCCCAGUUUGGCGAAGUCUGGUUUGGUACUCAAGUUCCAAACCUGAUUGCAUUGAUGAAGAACUUGGCUUUUUAACAUGAUGUUCUACAAGUUGUGUACAGAAGAAGAGGCCAGAAAAGUAAUUUUAUAAACCUUUACUGAUUUUUCCAAA